AUGAAGGCAUUCCGUUUUCGUGGCGCUGACAGUGGCCUCCACCUCGAAGAAGUCGCCGUUCCAAGUCCACCUUCGAACCACGCCCUUCUUCGCGUCAAGGCCGCAGGUCUCUGCCAUUCAGACACUCACGUGCUCCAUGGAGGCGGCGCAGCCUGGAUGUGCGCUCUCCCUAUAACCCUUGGUCACGAGGUUGCAGGCGUUAUUGCAUCCCUCGGCGACUCCUCCCAAACUUCCUUCAAAGUCGGCGACCGUAUUGCGGUAGCCUGCGUAGGCCACCCAAUUCAGGAGAGAAACUUUCAUGAAGCGCUCGGUGUUGGUUGCGAUGGUGGAUACGCAGAAUACGCUGUUGCACCGAUAAAAAACCUAGUCAAAAUCCCCGAGAGCGUUGGCUUUGCCGAGGCUGCUGUUGCGACGGAUUCUAUAGCGACUGCAUACCACGCCGUCGUUGCUGAAGGCCGUGUUUCGAGUUCCAUGACGGUUGCUGUUAUCGGCCUUGGCGGAUUAGGCCUUAACGGCGUUGCCGUUGCAGCGCUACGGGGGGCGCGAGUGUUCGGCAUCGACUUGAAUGCCGCCAAGUUCGAACAGGCGAAGGCCGCCGGUGCCAUCGAUUGUGCUACAGACUUGAAGACAUUUGAGAGUGAGACGUUUGAUGUCGUGUUGGACUUUGCGGGGGCGCAGAAAACAGUUGAGGAUGCGCUUGAGUCGGUCAGGCCUGGGGGUUGUGUAGUACUGGUUGGACUUGCGGCACAAACUGUAAAAAUCACCACCACGUCUCUUGUUACCAAAAAUGUGUCGCUGCGGGGUUCGACGAGUGCGAGCAUUCAGGAGUUUCGCGAAGUUUUGGAUCUCCUGGCCAAGGGUGUUUUAAAGCCGGCUUUGCAAGAGAUUCCCUUUGUUGAUGUGACCAAGGGCCUUGAAAGGCUAGGAGAGCGUGAUGUGAAAGGUCGCUUGUAUACUAUCCCUAGAUGA